AUGGGCUUUCGAAUAGAUCCUUGGUUACAGGCCCGAGAACGCUACCUCGAUGCGAUUAGCGACGAGCAGAAGGUUCUUUUCCAGAGUGCAACUCUAGAGAACUUAUUCCACAUCUACAAUACUGGGACAGCUGAAACACAACACCGGGCGAAAAGUAGAUCCAAUACGGCAGCGAAAAAACUGCAAUCAUUUGUCGCUGCAGUCGACUACUUUGGCGGCGUUAUCGACGCACCUCCUAGUGCGGCUUCAUUGAUCCUGCGUACAAUAUGGGACGGUUUUCGGGCAUUAUUAUAUCUUUCAAGUAAUUUCAAGAAAUAUUACUCCAAAUUAGUCAACAUUCUCAAAAAGGUGGGGGAUAUAAUAUUUAAGUUCAAUGCCUACGAGCGCUUAUUCCCUACCCACAAACACGUUAUCGGGUACAUGCCGUUUGUUUAUCUAGAUGUUCUCGAGUUCUGCAUGCAAGCAAACAAUCUUUUCCGGAGCGCAAGGAGUGGUCAAUGCACCAUGCAAAAUCUAUGGAGUUCCUUUAUGGAAGACUCUGGCGGAUCUCUGAGAAGAAUACAAUACUAUAUGGAGAGGGUCGAAAUCGAAGCAAGCUUAUCUUAUAUAAUUGAAGAGGCUGCAGAUAAGGAGACACGCAGAAAAGAAAUAGGACGGAGGGAUCUAGUCCAUGAACAUGUCGAUGACAACGAAAGGCGAUCCCUUUCCAGUCGGAUUCGAGGCCUAGAGCAUUUUAGGGCGCAGAAUGAGUGGGAAAGACAUCUGAUAAUGCUUGAACAAGAGAAAAUUGAUGGAAUAUCAGCGCUACAAAGACUGUCGCAAUGUCAGCCUAAGUGGAAGCAUCAUAAACUCCAAAGGGAGCGAGGUGCAGGCACGGGUAGAUGGAUAACGCUUACACACGAGUUUUGCAGCUGGAUAAGUCAAGGCAGUUCGUCCUGUGUUUGGCUUUAUGGGAUUGCUGGCUCUGGAAAAACCAUGUUGACGACUGCCGUGAUUGACACCAUCAAAACCAAACACGAUCUUGGGGGUGCCCUCUUGGCAUAUUUCUAUUACGACUACGAAAAUAAUGUGACACUCCGGGCCCGAGAGAUCGUUGGAAACAUAAUUCAGCAGUUAUCGAGUGACCUCCGGGUUUCUAGGAGAAUCAUUCGAAUGGUAAAAAAUAUUUAUAAGCGCGACUGUGUUCCAAGCAUGCAAGAGCUCUCUAAUAUUCUUUUGCUAUUGAUUGAGGAGCUACCAAAGGUCUUUAUCGUUCUCGACGGCCUAGAUGAAUGCAAUGAGAAGGAGCGUGAACUUAUCUUGCCAUGGCUAGUUAUGUUGGGACGAAGCACUACAUCUAUAGUUAAACUUUUUGUUUCCAGCAGAGUAGAAGACGACAUCCGCAAAUCAUUCACCGGUCGUAAUUGGUUUUCCAUUGCCGCUAGUCCUAAAAGCGUCUCUUUGGAUAUUGCUACGGUUAUUGGAAAUACCAUCAAAACGAAGAUAAGAGACGAGAAGUUUUGUGUACGAAAUCCCAUUUUUCUACAAGAAAUUAUUGAUACACUUGUGGAAAAAGGGAAAGGCAGAUUUCUUUGGGUGAGAUUUCAGCUCAACGAUAUCUGCGAGGAAAUGUCAGAGGACGGUAUCAGAAACGUUUUGGGCAAUCUUCCAAGUGAUUUGAACGAAACAUACACGCGAGCUUUGGUUGAGAUAAUACACCAAGGUGCAACUCAGAUCGAUCUGGCUCAAAAGGCCUUUAGAUGGAUAGUAGCGGCCAGACGCACCCUAACUCUGGAUGAGCUACGGGAAGCGGUUUCUAUAGAAGCAAAGGAUAAAUCGGUUGAUCUCGAUAAAGUGCCAGAAGCCUCACAGGUCUUCAGGGCCUGUGGUAAACUUGUGGUAUAUGAUCACCAGGACAGAAGUAUUCACUUGGCGCAUUACACUGUGCAACAGUUUUUAGUUUCCGAUGUUUCACUUGACGAAAUCGAUAUUUCCAGGCAGAUUACCAACUUCCAUUUUCGAUCAGAGGUUGCUGAAAUUGAAGCUGCUAACAUUUGUGUCACUUAUCUCAUGUUUAAUGACUUUGAAGACGAUUUCGAACGCGAAAGGACCCUCGCCGUCACGCAAUCCGAAAUUUCGCAUUUAACAGCGACAAGUUGGAUACCAGAUAUGCCAGGCUUGGUUAAAAAGACAAAGAGCGAUAUGUUGAUUUUCCUCCGCAAAGCAGGGUUCUCACGUCCAUCAGUCGACAUCAACCAAUAUUUUAAUCUCCUUUUAAGACCUUGUAGAGCUGCCCGAAUCAAACAUCGAUUCCUCGACUAUACUAUCAACCACUGGGUUGAACACACCAUUUAUCUCGAAGGCAGCCAUGGACUGAUUGAAUCAUUCGCAGAGCUAGUAUUAAACCACAAGAUUUAUUUCAACUUCCGGCCUUGGGGAGAUGGCGAGAUCGGUAUGUCAGACCGGUUGUGUGAAAAUAUGUUCCGUUGGGCGUUAAAGAAUGAUUAUGGACAUAUUAUUGCGAUUUUACUUGCAUCAUCCACUCAAAGGACGGGUUAUAAGCCUUUUGAUACGCCCCCCGUCAAGAUUCUCGAUCACCUCGCCUCAUCUUACAUAAACUGCCUAGUGGAAGAGGAAUUGCCUCUUUAUUAUGCAGCGAAAAUGGGCUAUGAGAGAACUUUGCAAGUAUUUUUGUCUAAUCAUGGUCAAAAGCUUUUUUCAUAUUUUUACAUCACACCCACCAUUAAAACAGCCAUCACUAUAGCCAUAUCAAAUGGACACAAACGAGCAGCAAUGCUUCUGCUCGAAACGUUCGCUGGAACCCCAGAAUUCGAACUUGGAUAUGAUCAAAACACUUACUACCUUAAUUUUACCCCAGAAGCAUCCUCUCCUCGUGACAAAAAUACCUAUUUCCCCCUCCAUCUGGCAGUAAAAUUUCGGCUCAAAAAGGUUGUAGGCAUUUUACUCAGCUCUUUCGGUUACGAGAAGAACGCCGCAAUAAACGGUCCUGACACAACUGGACUCCGCCCGGUUCAUUAUUGCUCCCAAAAUGGGGACCUGGAGAUCUUAAAGCUUCUUUACUCAUGUAAACCGUACCCGAACACCCCGACCGAUGAUGAUGAAAAAUCAACAGCUUUAUACCUCGCUCUGUAUAACGGCCAUGAAGACGUGGUGAAAUUUCUUUUGGGCAUAAAAGCCUGUGUUGACGAAAAAACGUACACCUUGGCGCUCAAGACAACUCAACCUGGCCACCUCCAAGUGUUGGAAGCAAUUUCUCUAACACUAGAGGCAUCGAUCCGAUCGGAUAUCGACCGAAAGUUCAAAACUUCCUGGUAUCACAUCACAGCACACUCACUCGGACAACCGAGAGACGCGACAUACUACGGUCCCUGCCAAUAA